AUGGACGAUGACUUCGGUUUUGAUUCGGCCGAUGAGGCCGACCUACUCGCAGCUGUUGAUGGCGUCAAUCCUGCCGCGAAGCGAAGGAAUGAGGACCCGAGCGGCCAGCAAGAGCCCACAUCGAAACGUCAAAGGGCGUCUGACAAUACCAAUGUGGCAGAGCGAGUCUUGAAUGAGCGAUUUGGACUGAAAAGCUUUCGGCUGGAACAGAAAGCAGCCAUCAACCGACUUCUCGAUGGCGACAGCGCCGUUGUCGUCUUCCCCACAGGUGGAGGUAAGAGCUUGUGCUACCAGGUUCCCGCGGUCGCUAUCAAGGAACUUGAUCGAGAGACAGGUGCCCGUAGCCCCGAGGACGGUGGGGUUUCCGUCGUCAUCUCGCCCCUCAUCGCCUUGAUGAAGGACCAGGUCGAUGCUCUACGCCGGCGGGGAGUUGCCGCUGCAGUUCUCGAUUCGACGCAGAGUCGAGAAGAGUUUGUCGAUAUCCACAGCAAGCUUGCAAACGGCAAGCUGGAUCUUCUCUACUGUGCACCCGAGCGGCUUAACAAUGAGGGCUUCCUUGCAUCCCUGCAAUCCAUCCGGGGCGGCAUCCGCUUAUUGGCCAUUGACGAGGCGCAUUGCAUUUCAGAGUGGGGUCAUUCGUUUCGCCCAGACUACCUCAAGAUCGCCCGGUUCGCAAAAGAAGCCAACGUCGAGAGGGUCGUAUGCCUCACAGCAACCGCCACCGCCACCGUCGCUCAAGACAUCCGAGCAACAUUCAACGUUCCUCCCGAAGGCCUCUUUGUCACCAGCAUGUACCGUCCAAACCUCCGGCUUAUGGUUGAGGCUAUAAGUCCUGAUGAUAAUCAAGUCGAAAUUUGCUCUGGCUUCUUACAGGGGCAUCCUGGACCUGCCAUCAUAUACGUCACGACCCAUGCUGCUGCUGAGAAACUUGCUGGCGACCUGGUAAAGAAGAAGUUCAACGCACGACCUUAUCACGCAGGGCUUGACAAGGACAUCCGGUCUGAUAUCCAAGACAAAUUCCUGCGGAGCGACAAUAUGAUUAUUGUGGGCACAAUUGCCUUCGGCAUGGGCAUCGACAAGGAAAACGUGCGAACCAUCAUUCACUUCGAUCUACCCAGUAGUAUCGAGGCUUACAGCCAGCAAAUCGGAAGGGCCGGGCGUGACGGCAAGCCAAGCACAUGUUUGCUCUACCUUUCAAACAAGGACUUCUUUCUCAGGAACAUCAUGAUUCAUGGAGAGAGACCUUCAAGACUCGCUUUGCGGGCGCUCUUUGACGAGAUUUGUAGCGCUGACAACUGUGAGAUGAGGCCCGGAGAUACCUUCUCUGUGGCUUUAACCUCCCAGUCAAAACGUGUGGAUGUCAGAGAAACUCAACUGUCCAUCAUCUAUGCCUAUCUCGAGCUGAAGUUUGGUCUCCUCCGAUCUAGUACCCCGCAGUACUCCGAGUACAAGUACCAAGUGCUGCAAGGCCAGGCAUUAGCUGCUGAUUCAUCACCAGCAGCUAAGUACAUCCAGAGGCAAUCCAAGAAAGCCCAGCUUUGGACUUAUAUAGAUGUCGACGUUCCCCCGGGUAGUGGUGGCGUAGAUCGGGCUGACAUUACUCGAAAGCUGGACUCGUGGGCCGAGUCCGGCAUCAUCAAGCUCGACAAGAAGGGUGUCCAGAAAGUGUUCCGCAUUACCAAGGCUUUUCCCAAAAGCCGGGAGGAAACGGACAGAAUCAUCGACAACAUUGAUACAGAGAUCGUAAAGAAGGAGAAGCAGGACUUGCAGCGAGUGCAGGAUCUUGUUGACCUCCUAACGGGUACCAAGUGUCUCACUCGAAGCCUUGCGGCCUACUUCGCUGACACCACCCACGCAUCGGCCAAGGAGUGUGGUCACUGCACUUGGUGCGAGACUCACAAGCAGGUCAGACUGCCAAACUUCGUACCUCAGCAGCUGGACGAGAAGUUGAUGAAGGGGAUCCUCACUAUCUGCAAAACAGCGUGCGCAAGAGAGGCGGGGAAAGCAGACGAUCUGGCUGCAACCGCCGCGAAGGCCAAGUCGCCAGACAAGGCCAGGACUGCAACCGCGCAGGCAAGACAGGCUCUUGCCAACAGCACGGCGAAGGAGGAUGCCCGUUUCAUGGCAUGUGUGGCCUUCGGCAUCAAAACACCUCGUAUCGGUAGCAUGGGUCUUCACAACACUAAGGCUGCGUUUGAGACGAUGAGCAAUUGCAACUUUGUUGAGCUUGUGGACGCAUUUGAAGAGAUGAUGAAAUAG